AAAAACCAAUGGAAACACAUGGAAGUAACACAACCAAUCUAGCCAUACUUACUGCAUAUGACACUUUUAACAGUACUGACAACGGAAAUGACAAUUAUAACGACAAGUCUUCAAGACCACCAGAAUCGAUGGAACUGACAGAAGCAUGCUGA